AUGAUUUCUAAGGACAUUGCACUGGCACUCUUUUUUCUGGUUCAGACUGUAUUUGGGGCCCUGGGGAACUCCUUCCUCCUGGGCCUAUAUACCAUCACCUUCUUCACUGGUCCCAGGCUGAGGCCCAUUGACUUGCUUCUAUGCCACUUGGUCUUUGUCAAUGACUUGGUGCUUCUUUCCAAAGGGAUUCCUCAGACCAUGGCUACUUUGGGGCUCACCAAUUUCUUGGAUGAUGUAGGAUGUAAACUUGUCUUUUACUUUCACAAAGUGGCCCGGGAUCUUUCCCUCUGUACUACCUGUCUCCUGAGUAGCUUCCAAGCCUUCACUUUAAGUCCUAGAAGCUCCUGGUGGGCAAAACUUAUAGCUAGAGCAACAAAGUACAUUGUCCCAUUGUGUUUCUUGUGCUGGACCUUCCAUCUCCUGAAAAAUUUCGUGAUUCUCUUAUAUGUGAAGGGUCCAAAGGGAAGAAAUAAUAUCACUGAAGGACAGAAUUUCAUUUACUGCACUGCUGCAUUUCCAGUUUCUCUUUAUAUUUUACUUUAUGUACUCAUCAUCUCCCUUCCUGAUAUUUUGUGUGUAGGCAUCAUGGUGGGGACCAGUGGGUAUAUGGUUUUUGUCUUCCACAAACACCAUCAGAAAGUCCAGUACAUUCAUGGCAACAGUCUCAAACCUAGUGGUUCCCCUGAGACCAGAGCCACCAAAAGUGUCCUGCUGCUCGUCAUCCUGUUUGUCUCCUGUAACUCUCUGAAUUCUGUCUUGUCAUUAUAUAUUCAAUAUGGGAAACCUUCUUCCUGGCUGGUUCACCUCUCUCCCUUCCUGGCUGCCUGCUUUCCAGCUUGUAGCUCCUUUGUUGUAAUAGUCAGUGACUCCCAAGUUCGAAAAUACUACUUGGCAUUUUGGAAAGGGUGA